AUGGCAAAGCCCUCGUCUGAUGCAUCGGAGGUCCUCUUUCUGGGGUUCCAACCGUCUUCUGCAGCCACUCCCAUGGUGGAUCAGAUGAAGAAAGGGGAUGAGGACACGAAAGGUUCGGUCUUGCGCAGGAAUUUGGAAGUGGAUAAUAAGAACCGAGCUUUGAAGCUAGGAGGCGGUGCGUACUCGGUGGUUGAGGAGCCGACGGCUUGGCCUUAUAAGAGGGUGGAUGAUUGCCGGGCGGAUAUGUCGAGCGCCAAGGAUUAUCACAGGCGAAAUAUGGUGCGCAAGGUGCACAGUAAGACCGCCAAGGCACUUGUGGGAAAGCGGAUGCAGAAGUUUUGCCAGCAGUGCAGCAGAUCUGAUAACAAUCAUGUAGUCUUUCGACCUGCAAUAUCAUUUAAUUCAGAUUUCAUCCCCUUUCUAAGUUUGACAGGGGAAGAGAAGCUGUAG